CAAACUCUCCAUAAUCAAGGAGACCUCUUUCCCGGGUGGGGAUCUCCAAAAUUGCUCAGUGAGCACCCCUAAUUAACCUGAUUUUUUGCUGAUAAUCACUCACAAUGGAAUCAAAUCACAAAUCCGGGGAUGGAUUGACCGGCACACAGAAAGAAGCCGCCCUCCGUGCCUUAAUUCAGCGAACGGGAUAUAAUUUGAUCCAGGAAAAUGGGCAGAGGAAAUACGGAGGACCCCCACCGGGCUGGGAUGGGCCUCCCCCGGAGAGGGGCUGCGAGAUCUUCAUCGGGAAACUGCCCCGAGACCUCUUCGAAGAUGAACUUAUCCCACUGUGCGAGAAGAUUGGCAAAAUCUAUGAAAUGAGAAUGAUGAUGGACUUCAAUGGCAACAACAGGGGCUAUGCCUUUGUGACCUUCUCCAAUAAACAGGAGGCGAAGAACGCAAUAAAGACCCUCAAUAAUUAUGAAAUUAGGAACGGGCGGCUCCUGGGGGUGUGUGCCAGCGUGGACAACUGCCGCCUGUUCGUGGGGGGGAUCCCCAAGACCAAGAAGAGGGAGGAGAUUCUGGCGGAGAUGAAGAAGGUGACGGACGGCGUGGUGGACGUCAUCGUGUACCCCAGCGCCGCCGACAAGACCAAGAACAGGGGCUUUGCCUUCGUGGAGUACGAAAGCCACCGGGCAGCAGCCAUGGCCAGGAGGAAACUGCUCCCAGGAAGGAUCCAGCUCUGGGGACACCCCAUCGCCGUGGACUGGGCAGAGCCAGAGGUGGAGGUGGAUGAAGACACCAUGUCAUCAGUAAAAAUCCUCUAUGUGAGGAACCUCAUGCUCUCCACCACUGAAGAGACCAUAGAAAAGGAGUUCAACAGCAUCAAACCAGGUGCGGUGGAGAGAGUAAAGAAAAUUAGAGACUACGCCUUCGUGCACUUCAAUAAGAGAGAACACGCUGUGGAAGCUAUGAAAGCAUUGAAUGGGAAGGUGCUGGACGGGUCCCCCAUCGAGGUGACUUUGGCCAAGCCGGUGGACAAGGACAGCUACGUGAGAUACACGCGUGGCACGGGCGGCAGGGGCCCCGUGCUGCCAGGGGAGUACACCUACACCUUUGGGCACGUCUACGACCCAGCCGCCGCCUACCUGGGCGCCCCGGUGUUCUACGCGCCCCAGGCCUACGCCGCCAUCCCCAACCUCCACUUCCCCGCCACCAAGGGGCUCAGCAACAGGAGCAUCAUCCGGCCCCCCUCCAUCCGAGAAAUUUACAUGAAUGUACCUGUAGGGGCUGCGGGAGUUAGAGGCCUGGGAGGUCGCGGCUACCUGGCGUACACGGGCCUGGGCCGAGGAUACCAGCUCAAAGAAAAGAGGGGAGAGGACAAACUCUACGACCUCCUGCCAGGGAUGGAGCUCACGCCGAUGAACCACGUCACACUAAAGCCCCAAGGGAUCAAACUCGCUCCUCAGAUCUUAGAAGAAAUCUGCCAGAAAAACAACUGGGGACAGCCUGUUUACCAGCUCCACUCUGCAAUUGGCCAAGAUCAAAGACAGCUCUUCCUGUACAAAAUCACCAUCCCUGCCCUUGCCAGCCAGAACCCCGCCAUACAUCCCUUCACGCCGCCCAAGCUCAGCGCCUACGUCGACGAGGCCAAAACCUACGCGGCAGAGUACACCCUGCAGAGCCUGGGCAUCCCCGUGGAGGGGGCAGAGGUGCCUCCAGCAGCACCAGCUUUUCCAGGAUACACCAUUGCUAAUGCAGCUGCCACUGUCACAGCCACUCAGCUCAAACAAGCAGUGACUGUGGGACAGGAUUUAGCAACUUAUGCAGCGUAUGAAGCCUAUCCCGCCUUCGCGGUCGCCGCACGCAGCGAUGGCUACGGAGCAUUUUAGUCCUGGCUUUAGUCAAGGUCCCUUAAAUCAAGCACAGGCAGAAAGGAAAGAAAAAGAAAAUAUCCCAGUCUGGUAAUUUUUACACCCUCUCGAUUUUAAACUCACCUGUUGCCUGAGGUUCAUCUUAGUCGGAGUUUCAGUCCUGGAGUUCUUUAGGUUCGUAACGGGAU